AUGGCAUCCAGAACUCAUUUGGGCUUUGCUCCUCUCCUACUCCGCUACGUUUCUUUGGUCCUCAUGGCCUCUUUGUGGCCCGUGACGGCGGGGAGAUUGAGCCCGGCCGCGUGUGAUCUGUUCAACGGGAGCUGGGUGUACGACGAGUCAUACCCUCCCUACGACUCGGAGAGUUGCCCCUUUAAUCGCCGCGAGUUCAAUUGCCUCAGGUACGGCCGCCCCGAUAAGUUGUACCUCAAGUACAGAUGGAGUCCCAACGGCUGCGACCUCCCAAGAUUUGAUGGUAGAGACUUAUUGGAGAGGUGGAGAGGAAAGAAGAUAAUGUUCGUGGGUGAUUCAUUAAGCUUGAAUCAGUAUAAUUCGCUUUUAUGUCUUCUCUACAUGGCGGUGCCCAAUCAAAAGACUAACUCUAGUGAUAAUGGAACGCUUAAGACCGUCAUAUUCGAGGACUAUAAUGUGUCGGUGAUGUUUUACCCCAGCCAUUAUUUGGUGGACAUUGUCCGCGAGAAAAUUGGACGGGUUCUCAAGCUGGAUUCUAUACAAGGUGGUCGAGUGUGGCUCGGCGCUGACGUGCUCAUCUUCAACACAUGGCAUUGGUGGCCUACGAGGGGACCCUCCCAGCCAUGGGACUUCAUUCAGGACGGCGACAAGAUAUUGAAGGACAUGGACCGCACUGAGGCUUUCUCUAAGGCACUGGCCACGUGGGCCAGCUGGGUGGACUCCAGCAUCAAUCCAGCCACAACCGAAGUCUUCUACCAGGGAAUCUCUCCAUCACAUUACCGGGGACAGGAUUGGGGCGGGUCACCCAAAGAUAGUUGUUCUACGCAAACACAGCCACUGAACGCAUCAACAUAUCCUGCAGGACCACCGCCACAAGAAGCCAUCGUUUUAUAUACGUUGCGUACCAUGUCGAAGCCCGUACAUUACCUGGAUAUAACCUUUCUGUCGCAGCUCAGGAAAGAUGCUCACCCAUCAAAGUAUAAUGGUGUUCACUACCAAAAUGACUGCAGCCAUUGGUGCGUUGCUGGCCUUCCGGACACAUGGAACCAGCUCAUGUAUGCGGCUGUUGUGAGUCGAAAGUGA